UGUCUCUUGUUACUACUACAUGUAUUGAUGGAUGUAGUUGUCCUAUUUGUUUAGAGAUUGAUGCAUGCUUGAAUGAUGCAACUACUUCUUCUCAUGAUUUGUUUAAAAUAUCUCCUAUGCUUGAUCUUGAAAUGCUUGAGAAGGGUAUAUCUUCUUGUGUUGUAGGUACUAAAGCCAUUAAGGCCGAAUCUAUGAGUUUUUCUCCACUCGAGCUUGAUGUUCUUAGGAUUCCCAAGCUAUUGGAGGAAAAUUCUACACUUUCACAUGUCGAGGCCGUGGCUCAAGUCCAAGCACUUGAGGACAAGUUGCAAGAAAAGGGGGAGGCUGUAAAGAAAGAAGAGGAGAAAUCAAAAACAAGUGACAAGCCUAAAAGACAAGAUAGUACCAUGGAAUAUUCCACCAAAUUAGACUUGAAGAAGCUCAUUCCCUCUUGUGUAGAGCCACCUACCUUGGAGUUGAAGCCUUUACCAUCCAAUCUCAAGUAUGCAUAUCUCAUUGAGAAUGAGAAGCUUCCGGUAUGGAGUUCCUAAGGCCUUGGUAAGUGACCAAGGAUCCCACUUUUGCAAUAAGAUGAUGAAGGCUCUCUUGGCUAAAUAUGGAGUGCAUCACAAAAUCUCUACACCAUAUCAUCCCCAAACUAAUGGCCAAGCCGAAGUAUCAAAUAGAGAAGUCAAGAAAAUCCUAACCAAGGUGGUGAACACAAAUAGGAAGGAUUGGUCUUUACACUUGGAGGAUGCUUUGUGGGCUUAUCGGACCGCUUAUAAGACUCCUAUUGGCAUGUCUCCUUUUCGAUUGGUGUAUGGAAAGGCUUGCCACCUCCCUGUGGAGAUAGAGCAUAGGGCCUAUUGGGCCAUCAAGAAACUAAACUUGGAUUUCCAUCUUUCGGCUAAGGAGAGAUUUCUUCAAA